UACUUCAGUUAUUGUUACUGGUCAGCGUGACCAUGGCUUCCGAGCCAUCGUGUCCAGCAUGCUCCAAAUACGACUACGAGGAAAAGGUGCUCGAGAGAAUGAUCCGUAUGGAGUUCGCUUUUGAGAAAGUAUUAAAGGACAACAAGGCAGUGAGCGAAACUGUUGAGGAGGACCUAACGCGGAUCAAGGAAGAAAACGAACGUUUACAUGCGACCGUUGAUGCCCUUAACGAUCAACAGGAGCAAGCAGAACGCAGACUGGUUUCGCUCAUGGAGGAAGUUGAGAGAAACCAGUCCAGCACACUGGAGAAGAUAGUUUCCGAUUCUAACACUACAUUAGAACAAACUAUUGCCGCCUUCAAUGAUAUGAAAGACCAAACCGCUACUCCACUGGUGUUCUUCAACGCUCACUUUCCACAGACCACCAGCCUGUCUACAGGUGAGGUGAUAGUGUACAAGACAGUGGAGUCCAACCAGGGAAGCGGCUACAGCGUCACCACGGGCAAGUUCACCGCUCCAGAACGGGGUCUCUACUUGUUCUUCAUGCACACUUGUACAUCAUUAACUAAAUAUUCUUAUCUCCAGAUAGUGAAGGACGGGUCAGUCCUCAUUAAAAGUGUACAGUAUGACAAGGACGCUUCUACCUGUUCUAGUAGUCAGGUGUUUGUUCAGCUUGAUGUAGGCGAAACUGUCUGGGUACAAUGUUCCAGUGGGAGCUCAAGCAGACAACUGAAUGAGAAUAGUUCGUACCGUUGGACCAGUUUUGGUGGUGCUCUCAUUCACAACUGAAGAGCUUAUUUUAUUGCACAUAACAAGCCAGAAGGAAAAUAUUAUCAUUACGCGAGUUACUUUUGUUAUAAUUUACAGUUUGUUAAACAUUGUUAAAUAUCGUAUGUGGACACCGCACGUAUGCUAUGUCAUGCAUUUACAACUGAGAUAACAUAUGUUAAAAUUAAAUUAUGGUUUGCAUUAUAACAUUGAGAGCUUUAUUCGCAUGUUGCAUGUUUUGCCGAC